CUGGCUGCCACACUCUUGGCUCAGUUUCAGUUCAGUUGCUGCACUUGACGCGUCUUGUUCUGUUCUGUGUUCGCGCUGCGGAUCAAAGAAAACCGAGACCCGACUCUCAAGAAGGCCAAGACCGAGACCGAGACCGAGAAACCAUUAUUGUGUGCGUGUCGGAAAGAAGUUGAUCGCCAGAAGAAAAGAUUGUCCCAUUGAGCAUGGAUUAUCGUUUACUGUUGAAAAUUCUCAGCUUUCUGCUGCUGGCCCACUUGGGUCUUGGCCAGUCGCAGCAAUCGCCCGCAACGGACUACGGUGAGGAGCAGCCGCCCGAAGGCUACUACGCCUUUGUGGAGUCCCCGAACGCCGUGCCACCAAGGGUCAGGCCGCCACCGUAUACCUUCGUGAAUGCGGACUGUAAGGAUGUGGCGGCGGGCAAGAAGUCGGCCGUCUCCGUGCACAACAUCUGCGGCGAUCUGAACAAGGGACAGAUACCCAAGAAUCCUCUCGGACAAAACGUGCUUGGCGAGCCCUAUCCCUUCGAGCUAAUACGCAACCAGACGCUGAAGUUCCUCUCGAAGACUCUGCCCGUGCUGAAGGCCGACGACACCUUGCCCAAGGUCACCCAGAUCAUACGCGACGAGCCCGUGGAGCAGCUGGACAACAACAACAUCGACAGGCCCUAUCCCGGCUCCGGAUCCACACGCAUUCGUCGCAGCGUCCCCGAUGGCAUACAGUCCAAUGAGUACAGCUACUUCGAUCCUGCUUUGGACGAGGAGGACGGACACCACCAGCAGCAGCAGCAGCAGCGGGAGCAGCAACAGAAAAGAGCCGCCGAAGAGCGCAAACCCCGAAAGUUCUGCGAUGGCGGUGGCGUAUUCUGCACAUUAUAUCGGGCCAUUCAGGGAGACACUGGCAGUGCCGCCGCUGCCACGCCCACAGCAGAGAGACGGGAGGAAGUGGGACCCAUUAGAUAUGAGGGUCCGCCCACACCCUGCCCCGCCAAGGUGGAGUAUGCCACGCCAGUGUUCGCAAAGAACUACCAGGGCGCCUGGCGCUAUGUGGUCCAGAUCCCCUACGAGGGCUACUUCACCCAGACGGUGGAGGUGACGCGCUGCAUCCAGGCCAGGUGCCACUAUCUCGACGGUGGAUGUCUCUCCUCGCCCCGCUGGGUUAGCCUGCUGGUUGCAGAGAUCUUCUACCCGAAUGCGGAGGACACCGUGCCCACCAGCUCAACGACCACCCAGGCGCCCUCGGUGCAGGACUUCCAGGCCUAUCAGCAGUACCUGCAGAAGCGUGCCGGUGUGGCCACCGCCUCCGAUGGCACCUCCUCCACGGGUCCGAAUGGAGCCGGAGCGGGCGUGGCGCCAGCGGAUGCCCACUGCGAUGGGCACGAUGAGCUGGGCUGCUUCCAGGUGCGUCUCUACUACGACUGGUUCUUGAUCCCCGGCUCCUGCAAGUGCUGGCGUCCGGACUACUUUGCCAAAUACGUGCGCCGGAAGUCAGUGGCCGAUUUGUGAGAGCUCCAUGAGAUCUUUAGAUCCUUAGCAUAAGUAUACUCUUUAGCAGCUAAGAGAGAAGGAUCGAGAUGAAGUGCUCAUUCUAGUGAUCCAGGCGAAGGAUCCAUCGGCUUGGAUUGCGUAGAGUCUGCAGUUCGUGACAGAUACCAGAUACAAUUUUAACUUAGGCGAUUAGCUCCCUCUUUGACUGAUUAAGCCAGGCGCAUUGAAUUUCUACUAAUAAAUAAAUAUAUUUCUUCUAAAAUGC